AUGACUGUCGACCAUAAGCUUUGCAUGAUCCCUGGCCCCAUCGAAUUCCACGAAGAUGUCUUGAACGCCAUGGCUACUCCUGCCACCUCUCACGUCGACCCCAACUUCGUACCUGUUUUCGGUGAAACUCUUGAAAUGGUUCGUAAGGUUGUCAUCUCUGAAACUGCUCAACCUUUCGUCGUUUCUGGUUCAGGUACUUUGGGUUGGGAUAUGAUGGUCAACUUGAUCGAACAAGGUGAUGAAGUCCUUCUUCUCAACACUGGUUACUUCGGUACCCACUUUGCUCAAUGCCUCGAAACUUAUGGUGCUAAGGUCACUCAACUCUAUGCUGAAGUUGGUUCUCGUCCCAGCCAAGAACAAAUCAAGGAAGCUCUUUCCAAGACUCAAUACAAGUUGGUCACUGUCACCCAUGUUGAUACCUCCACUGGUGUUCUUUCUGACAUCAAGGCUGUUGCCGAAACUGUCAAGUCCGUUUCCCCUAAUACCCUUGUCGUUGUUGACGGUGUCUGCUCCGUUGGCUCUGAAGAAAUCCGUUUCGACGAAUGGAAGUUGGACGUUGUCAUCACUGGUUCCCAAAAGGGUCUUGGUGUUCCUCCUGGUUUGUCCAUCGUUGUUGCCAGUCAAAAGGCUCUUGAAGUUUUACAAACCAGAAAGACUCCUGUCGCUUCUUACUAUUCCAACUGGAACAGAUGGCUUCCUAUUAUGCAAGCCUAUGAAGCCCGUCGCCCUGCCUACUUUGCUACUCCUGCUGUCCAAUUAGUCUAUGCCCUCCACACCUCUUUGAAGAAGAUUCUCAGCCAACCUCUUCAAGAACGUUUCGACAAGCACCGUCAAGUCUCUGCCCACUUCAGACAAGUUGUCAAAGAUUUGGGUUUGACUCCUGUUGCCAAGUGUGACGAAUGCUCUGCUAACGGUAUGACUGCCGUCUGGCUCCCCGAAGGUGUUGCUGUCGGUGACUUGGUUGGUACCUUAGCUAACAAGGGUGUCCAAAUUGCUGGUGGUAUCCUCAAGGAUUACGCUACCAAGUACUUCAGAAUUGGUCACAUGGGUAUCUCUGUCAUGGAAGACGAACGUGGUCACAUCAAGAAGGUUGAAGAUUCUUUGGUCAACUCUUUGACUGAACUUGGCUAUAAGUCUGCUUAA